UUGGGUAGCUUUCUGCCUCUUGUCAGCUUUAAUGUCUUGUAAUCUUUGAUGUCAUUUCACUUCCCCUUUCUCCCUUUGUUUCGAUGUGCUUUAACUUUUUUCAAUGUCAGCGCUGGCUUUCCGGUGCGAAAUCGUCGGCGUGGAGUUGUCUUGAGUAGCUCGGAUGGAGUGACGGAUCGAUGGCGUCCUACCAUUGGCCAGGUGUGGUCGACCGGUCGCGGCCUAGACUCCUCGUAGGUCCGCAGGACUGCUAUUAAAUAGGAUCAGGCAAGAGAACAGUCAUUCGUUUCUUCGCUCUAAUCCUAGUCGAGAAGAACAUCGCACCUGCCUGUAUCAUGUCUGGACGCGGCAAAGGAGGCAAGGGUCUCGGAAAGGGAGGCGCCAAGCGUCACCGCAAGGUGCUUCGCGACAACAUCCAGGGCAUUACCAAGCCCGCCAUCCGUCGUCUGGCUCGCCGAGGCGGCGUCAAGCGCAUCUCCGGCCUCAUCUACGAGGAGACCCGAGGUGUUCUCAAGGUCUUCCUGGAGAACGUGAUCCGCGACGCAGUGACCUACACCGAGCAUGCCAAGCGCAAGACCGUCACCGCCAUGGACGUUGUCUACGCUCUCAAACGCCAAGGCCGCACCCUCUACGGCUUCGCAUCGUCCCCGAAGAAGGCCAAGAAGCCCGCGGCGCCCAAGGCCCCGGCAGCUCACCCGCCCACCACCGUCAUGGUUACGGCGGCCGUGGAAGCGCUCAAGGACCGCACCGGUUCUUCUCUGUCGGCUAUCAAAAAGUACAUCGCUGGCAACUACAAGUUUGACGUGGAGAAGAAAGCGCACUUCAUAAAGCGCGCCCUGAAAACCUUGGUGGAGAAGGGUACCCUCCUACAGGUUAAAGGGACCGGAGCGUCGGGGUCCUUCAAGAUCAACGUGGCAGCCAAGAAAGCCGCCGAGAAGGCGGCUAAGAAGGCCGUCAAGAAGCAAGUGGCUAAGAAACCCGUGGCUAAGAAGGCCGCAAAACCCAAGACAUCCAAACCAAAGAAGCCCAAGGCGAAGAAGGCUACCACCCCCAAGAAGACGACGACCAAGAAACCGACCGCGAGCAAGAAAACCAAGAAAUCUCCUGCCAAGAAACCUGCUGCCAAGAAACCCGUCAAAAAGACUCCGACAAAGAAGACCACCAAGAAGACCGCGCCCGCCAAGAAGGCCUCCAAGCCCAAGAAGAAAAUUCGCUCUCCACAAUCUGCCGACUACUCUUAUUGUCGUGCACUUCGGCGUAGACAAAGUUUAUUCGACAUGGCACGUACCAAGCAGACCGCCCGUAAGUCCACCGGUGGCAAGGCCCCCAGGAAGCAGUUGGCAACCAAGGCCGCUCGCAAGAGCGCCCCGGCUACCGGCGGCGUCAAGAAGCCUCACCGCUACAGGCCCGGCACCGUGGCCCUGAGGGAGAUCCGUCGCUACCAGAAGUCGACGGAGCUGCUCAUCCGCAAGCUGCCCUUCCAGCGCCUGGUGCGGGAGAUCGCCCAAGACUUCAAGACCGACCUGCGCUUCCAGAGCUCGGCGGUCAUGGCUCUGCAGGAGGCCAGCGAGGCCUACCUGGUUGGUCUCUUCGAGGACACCAACCUGUGCGCUAUCCACGCCAAGCGGAACAUCGCACCUGCCUAUAUCAUGUCUGGACGCGGCAAAGGAGGCAAGGGUCUCGGAAAGGGAGGCGCCAAGCGUCACCGUAAGGUGCUUCGCGACAACAUCCAGGGCAUCACCAAGCCCGCCAUCCGUCGCCUGGCUCGCCGAGGCGGCGUUAAGCGCAUCUCCGGCCUCAUCUACGAGGAGACCCGAGGUGUUCUCAAGGUCUUCCUGGAGAACGUGAUCCGCGACGCAGUGACCUACACCGAGCACGCCAAGCGCAAGACCGUCACCGCCAUGGACGUUGUGUACGCUCUCAAACGCCAAGGCCGCACCCUCUACGGCUUUGGCGGCUAAAAGAUCCGACUGACUUAUCAUCGCAAGCAAACCCCGGCCCUUUUCAGGGCCACCCAAAUGUCUAAGAAAGAGCUGUAUUUUCU